AUGGCAUUCUUUCCAGGAAAGAAACCAGUACACUUCACCAGUACGCUUAUUAUUGAGAAAAUGGUUUACAAGCGCCACUAUAUGCAUCUCAUUAUCAUUGUCUUCUCGGCAAUUUUGACUUCCCGGGGUUCCGCGUCUACUGAUCCGGCUGACGUCACAGCUCUCCGAGACCUAUACAAGGCAUUGAACCGGCCGCCGGUAUUGGAGAAUUGGAGUCUUGGAGAUCCUUGUGAGGAAUCUUGGACAGGAGUAGCAUGUUCUGGGUCGUCAGUCAUACACCUCAACAUUCAAGGAUUCAAUCUCACAGGACAUCUCGGAAGCCAGCUCCAUAAUCUACAUAAUUUGAAGAUGAUUGAUGUCAGCUCCAAUAACAUAGCAGGGGAGAUACCAUUCGGCUUGCCCCCGAACGCCACACAUAUGAAUCUGAGCCACAAUUUGUUAUCUGGACCCAUUGGCAAUGUUUUUACAGGCCUAGAUAAUCUCAUAGAGAUGGACCUUUCAUAUAACACUUUCACCGGGGAUCUGCCCAGUUCAUUUGCUUCCUUGAAAAACCUUACUAGAUUGUUCUUGCAAAAUAAUAACUUCACUGGAUCAGUCACAUAUCUUGCUGACCUUCCACUUACAGAUUUGAACAUUCAAGGUAAUCUAUUUAGCGGCAUUAUUCCCCAGCAUUUUCAGUCCAUACCAAAUUUAUGGAUCGGAAGCAAUAGAUUCCAUGCAGAAGCCAAUUCUCCUCCUUGGGUUUUUCCUUUGGAUAGAGCACCAGUUGUAUACAACUUUAGUCGCACGCCCACGACUCAGGCAAAUGCCAUCCAGAACCAUUCAUCUCGCAAAGUAAGUGGCCACAAGAAAAAACUUAUGAGUGCUGGACAAGUAGCUUUUAUGGUUGGUGGGGGAACGCUAAUAGCUACCGGUGUAGCCCUCUUCAUUGCAAUCCGUUUGAAUCGAUUGAGUGAAAAGAGACUCAAAAGCUUUGAAAGCAGGCACAGCUCAUUGCAAUCUCAUCCAACUAACGCAACCAUAGAAACCUUUCCUACCGCGCCAGAAGAAAGCCCACGAACCCCGCCAUUCAACUCUGCAUCCCUUUUGGGUCCAAGGCUUUUGCCUCCCCUGCUCCAUAACAGAGCAGAGGACACGUCAAGAAGAAGUUUUUCCAGAAGACGCAGAUUCUCCGGAAGGACGAAAGUUUACUCAGUGGGAGAGCUUCAAUUAGCUACAGACAGCUUCAGUGAAGGCAAUUUUCUCGGGGAGGGAUCCCUGGGUCCUGUUUACAGAGCUUUGUUUCCAAAUGGCCAAACUCUGGCUUUGAAGAUUAUCAACAUGGCGGGCCUGUCUUUCCACGAAGAGGAAACGUUUUUGGACGUCGUUUCCACCACUUCCCGUCUGAGGCACCCCUAUAUCGUUGCGCUUAAUGGUUAUUGUAUGGAGCACGGGCAGCAUCUUCUUGUUCACGACUAUGUUAGAAGCUUAACUCUGGACGAUGCUCUUCACAGUGACGCAUACAAGCCUUUAUCUUGGGUCCUCCGUCUCCGUAUUGCCCUUGGUGUUGCUCAGGCUCUGAACUAUUUGCACUCGACAUUCUCCCCUCCUGUGGCCCACGGCAACCUGAAGGCUGCCAACAUCCUUCUCGACGAAAAUCUGACGCCCCGCGUCAGUGACUGUUGCCUAGCUAUUUUGAGACCGCUAACGAGCAACAAAGUCAAAGGUUCUGAGCUUGCAACUGAAGACGCAGGCUACAUUGCACCAGACCACGGCCAACCAGGAAUUAGCAACACACGGAGUGACGUUUAUGCCUUUGGGGUGUUGCUUCUGGAAUUAUUAACGGGACGGAAACCUUACGAUGAUUCGAGGCCAAGGGAGGAACAGUACCUUGGGAAAUGGGCAUCAUCGAGGCUUCAUGACAAUGAGAGUUUGGAACAGAUGGUGGAUCCAGGAAUUCAAGGGACUGUUUCAGCCAAAGCUCUUUCUCGUUAUGCUGAUAUCGUCUCCCUCUGCAUACAGCCCGUGAAGGAAUUCCGACCUCCAAUGUCGGAGGUGGUUGAUUCUCUUAUAAUCUGUUCACAAAAGUUUAACAAGGUCAUGUCCAGGAGUGGAGGUGCAGCAGCAGAUAUUUCCGACUUGGAUCCCCUUGACAAGUCUUUCCGUUCAACCAAUACUCGCUUUCUGGGUUCCCCCGCUUACAGCUACGUUUCCGCCUGA